AAAAACAUUUAUUACUCAGACAUCUCUUUCAUUUCCGCUAGAUUUCGUCAUCUUCUUCUCGUGUGUGUGCCCUUCCCUAUUAAAAUUCCUCCUAAUUCCCAUUCAAACUCGGCGUGCAUCUUAUUCUUUGCCAUCACCAUCUCCAGCUGACGAUGAUAAUGAUUGCCGGAAUUUUUCUGCAUACGAGGUUCCCGUUUCUGUGACGAUGCGAUUGAAUAUUUGGAUACCGUGAUAUUUUGCGACGAAAGUCAAAUCGGAGAAAUCAAUAAGUUUCCGCUUCAAGUCCUUGGCUGCAUUCAGAGAUUCGAAACCGACAGUUUUGUAGAGGAGGGAAUGCUAUUGCCAACCCCUCGAAUUCGCCGUCUAUCGAUUGCACGAUCCGAACAUUAUUUAUAUUCCCAAAUUGAGGUCGGCUGCGACGGUUACUUGUUUCUUUCCCCUCGAUUUGCUUAAUUAAUUUUGUAUCUCACGCAUACACAUGUUGAAUUUGUAUGUAAUUAACGAAUUAGGGAUUGGUAUAGUUUGGUGGAAUUUUAAUUUUGGGGGUUUUGUGGAGAAUUCAGAGAAUCUUAUAAAUGCUGGAGAUUUUGAGACUCAGAAUCAGAGCUGUAGGUAGACAUUUUAGAAAAUGGUUUAAAGGUUUGCCUAUGGAAGAAGGCAAAGAUACUGUUAUUGGUGUAGGCAGAGCCUCAGGGCAAGCUAGGGUUCUUCCCCAAAGGCUGAUUCGAUUACUUGCAUUUUUUGUGGCUUUGAGUUUCACCUUCUCUGUUGUUAGCAUUUACAUGAUUAGGUACUUUGGAGUUAUUAAUAGUUCUGUAGCUUCUGUAAACCCUACAUUAGUGUCCUGUGAUGAGGAGGCUUUAAGUAUGGAGGAAUGGAUCAAGCCCCCAUCCAAUUUGAUGCAUAGAAUGAGUGAUCAGGAGUUGUUGUGGAGAGCAUCUUUGGUGCCUCGACUGAACGAAUAUCCGUUUAAGAGGGUUCCGAAGAUUGCAUUCAUGUUCUUGACCAAAGGGCCAUUGCCCUUGGCACCACUUUGGGAGAGGUUUUUCAAGGGUCAUGAAGGGCUGUAUUCGAUCUACAUUCAUUCAUUGCCUUCGUUUGAGCCGAAUUUUCGGUCCUCGUCUGUUUUUUACAAGAGACAUAUACCUAGUCAGGUCUCCGAGUGGGGGAAAAUGAGCAUGUGUGAUGCCGAAAGAAGGCUACUAGCCAAUGCCUUACUCGACAUAUCCAACGAACGGUUUGUCUUGCUAUCCGAAUCCUGCAUCCCUCUCCACAACUUCACGACAGUCUACAACUACAUAGUAAGAUCCAAGUACAGCUUCAUGAAUGCAUUCGACGACCCGGGGCCGUACGGGCGAGGGCGUUAUAACGAGAACAUGUAUCCGGAGGUUAACAUUUCCGACUGGCGCAAGGGCUCACAAUGGUUCGAAAUCAACAGGAAGCUCGCGGUAUAUAUCAUCCAAGACACAAAAUUCUAUCCCUUAUUUUCGGAGUUCUGCAAGCCCGCAUGUUAUGUGGAUGAACACUAUUUCCCGACCAUGCUGACCAUUCAAGCGCCGAAUCUCUUGGCCAACAGAAGCAUCACUUGGGUCGACUGGUCGAGGGGAGGCGCUCAUCCUGCAACUUUUGGAAGCUCAGACAUAUCCGAGGAAUUCAUGACGAGGUUGUUUGAAGGCCAUAGCUGCACGUACAAUGAUGAACCUUCCUCCUUGUGCUAUCUUUUCGCGAGGAAAUUCUCUCCGAGUACCUUGGAGGCUUUGCUCGUAUAAGCCCCAAAAUAUCUUGGCUUUUAACUGACCGAGGUUUAGUUUCGAUGAGAAUUUAUUAAGCUAAUCUAUAGUGUACAGGAAGCAGAAAUUGGAGGAUUUCGACGGAUAGAUUCAUGGAGGUAUUUAGGUAAGAAAGUUUUGAUCGGUUUUCUGUCGAAUAUUUUUGAAUUCUCUAAUCUUUAUUGAGCUGCCCUUUGCGGUCUUGGUUAUUCUAUGUUUUGUAGAAUUUAUAUCUAUAUUUAGCUUUCGGGUAUUUUUAGUUUAACAAGAUCGUGAUUUAGUUUAUCGUUUUGGCUCCUUGGAUAGGUGCCUAUGGUUAGUUGAUCGACUUGUGUUCUUGAUAUCGCAUAUUUUUGAGCUUAUUAUAUAGUCUUGAAGUUUCUCUCA